CGGCACCUGCGCAGUAAAGUCCUGCCCCAGGGCCUCUCUGGCCGUCUGGAGGACUUGUCCUCUGUGACCGGAGGCGGUGGUCGGGUCUGACGUGCGGCGUGACGUGAGAGUGCGCAGACUCGUCUGGGCUGCUUUAGGCUCGUUUGUUUUGGCGAUGGGAUUGCAGGAAGUGUGGAGACUCAUGUCUAGGUUUAAUUCAUCCAGAAGGACUAAUGUCAUACUGCAGCAUUUGAAGGUGUCUAAGCACACAGAUGCAGCAGCAGAAGUGCUUUUGGAAAGAAAAGGUUGUGCAGGAGUGAUAACGCUAAACAGACCACAGUUCCUGAAUGCACUGAAUCUUAAUAUGAUUCGGCAGAUUUAUCCACAACUAAAGAAGUGGGAACAAGAUCCAGAAACUUUCCUGGUCAUCAUAAAGGGAGCUGGUGGAAAGGCUUUCUGUGCUGGGGGUGAUAUCAGAGCACUCUCAGAAGCUAGGAAGACGGACCAGAAGAUGACUCAGGACCUCUUCAGAGAAGAAUAUGUGCUGAACAAUGCCAUUGAUUCUUGCCAGAAACCAUAUAUUGCACUUAUUCAUGGAAUUACAAUGGGUGGGGGAGUUGGUCUCUCAGUUCACGGGCAAUUCCGAGUGGCUACCGAAAAGUCUGUUUUUGCAAUGCCAGAAACAGCAAUAGGGCUGUUCCCUGAUGUAGGUGGAGGUUAUUUCUUGCCACGACUGCAAGGAAAACUCGGAUACUUCCUUGCAUUAACGGGAUUCAGGCUGAAAGGGAGAGAUGUGUACACAGCAGGAAUUGCUACACACUUUGUAGAUUCUGAAAAGUUGGGCUUUUUAGAAGAAGAUUUGUUAGCCCUGAAAUCUCCUUCAAAAGAAAAUAUUGCAGAUGUCUUAGAAACUUACCAUACAAAGUCUAAGAUUGAUCAAGACAAGUCUUUUAUACUUGAGGAACACAUGGACAAAAUAAACAGUUGCUUCUCAGCCAAUACUGUGGAACAGAUUAUUGAAAAUUUACAGCAAGAUGGUUCAUCUUUUGCCUUAGAGCAGCUGAAGGUAAUUAAAAAAAUGUCUCCAACAUCCCUAAAGAUCACACUAAGGCAACUCAUCGAGGGGUCCUCAAAGACCUUGCCGGAAGUAUUAACUAUGGAAUAUCGACUGAGUCAAGCUUGUAUGAGGGGCCAUGACUUUCAUGAAGGCGUUAGGGCAGUUUUAGUAGACAAAGACCAGAGUCCAAAGUGGAAACCAGCUGAUUUAAAAGAAGUUACUGAUGAAGAUUUGAAUAGCUACUUCAAAUCUCUGGGAAGUAAUGAUUUGAAAUUUUGAAGUGACUGGAUUUUUAAAAUACUAUUUUGGAGCAGAGGUUGGCAAACUAUGGUACAUGGGCCAGAUCGGGCCUGCUGCCUGUUUUUUAUAUAUCCCUUAGCUAAGAAUGGUGUCUGCAUUUUUAAAUGGUUGGGAAAGAAAUCAAAGACCAAUACUGCGUGGCAUGUGAAAAUUACAUCAAAUUCAAAUACCAGGGUCCAUAAAUAAAGGUUUAUUGGAACAUAGCUGUACCCUUCCGUUUACAUAUUACCUGUGGCUGCUUUGAGCAGCUGCAAGAGAGAUUGUAAAGCCUACAAAGCCUAAAGAAUGCACUAUCUGGUCCUUUUCAGCAAGUUUGCCAGCCCCUAUUUUAAAAAAUGGGAAAAUUUGAUGAGUCUUUAGAGAUCCUUAGUUAGUGUAUCUAACUGAAAUGGGAACUUAAUGUUUUGGCUUUGGGUAAUGGUUUUAAAUGUUGAUUAAAUAAACAUAUAUAGGUUAUAAAAAAAUUAAAACCCUGAAAAUUUUUUGGAUACUAUGUUAACACUUCAUAGAAUUUUCUCCAUAUAUAAAUCUAUUUUAAAAUAAUUAUGAGUUACUGUAGCAGAAGUGUUCCUUUUAUAACAUUAGAAAUCUCAGGCAAAGAGAAGAGAAAGAGGUUUUUAUGAGGCUGUCUUUCCAGUAUUAUCAGCUCAGCCUUGGCCGUCCCUGAAGUUAAGCAGAAUUCCUUCCUACGGUGAAAGUAACAGCAUUAUUUUUUGUUGUUUGUGGUAUUUGCUAAUCUGGCAGAAUGAGGCAUUAGGAAACUCUAAUCUCUAAGAUAGAGACAUUUUGCUUUCUGCAAUUUACACCAGAAUUUUGUGUGGUAACAGUUACUCGUCCUUACACAGUUCAAAGCAGGAGAAAAAAUUGAAAAUGAGGACUUCUGUUCAAAAUAAAAAUACCUUCAGUAAUUAGUCUGUUGACAAAAUGAGUUGUUUUUGUUUUUGUUUAAGGUACACAACUGUAGGUGUUCCAGACUUGGAAUGUUAAUGUCUAGGUAAGAAUCAUUUUAAAAUUAAAGGCCAGCGUACAAUUUAUUUUAUAGCUUUGUACAGUUUUCCUUCAUUUAUAUGCCUCAGAAACUAAGAGAACUUUAGGUCGGGAAGAACAAAAAGUUGGCAAAACUGAAAAAGACAUCAAGGAUUAUAUCCUGCACCCUUCUCGUAGAUGAGGAAAUUGAAGUCCAGAAGGAAUUGCUUUAAAUUUUCUGUUCUUAAUAUAUUUAACAUGAAGCAUUUUCCACCCCCCAAAAAUUAGGAACAGAUUUGGAAUAAAGAUGCCAUGAUAAAUGAA